GUCCGAAAAAAAGUUGCGCCUCAACCCCUACUUGGUAAAAGAGAUGACAGAAUGCAGACUAUCAGUACGGCUCCAAUUACCAUCCAUGUCCCGGCACUUUUGAAAGGUCAGGACGCCCGAGAUCCUGCUCCAGCCGCCAUAGCUUCAGAGGCGCCCGAGGGCACAUAUUUGCUUCCUGUAACUGAACAGAAUAAAGAACAACACCCAGCGAUAAAUUUACUGCUCAAUCUUAAGCUUGUCAUGGAUGGAGAGAAAAAGCCCGAUCAAUCAGAAGCCGUAACACUAGAGACCGAACAAACGGCAGCGCAAUCACCAGCCAUGAAAGUGAAUUCCGGUGAGUACGUGGCUCAUGAAGUCAAACUCGUGCCAAAUGUCAAUCUCGAACCAGCCACUACUCCAGCUUCAUCUGCCGGAAUUCAGGAAGGAAUGGUUCAAGGGAACAUUCCUUCUGCGGUAAGCUCACAGAGGACCCGUUCAAACGGGAUCCAACAACCUGCUAGGAACUAUGGUGUCGUCCCUUCCUUUCUCAUUGUCCCAAAGAGGCGCGUGUUACACAACGUACGAUCUAACCUGAAGACUAACGUACCAGGGACACCAAUGGCCAGGUUCAGACAACAAUUCCUUUAUGAACACAAUAAAAAGCGCCUGCUCAAUGGAGUGCCACCGCUGACUGAAGACGAGAGGCUCAAUAUGGAAGCUCAGAAUUUUGCAUCGGAAUUGGCAAAGCAGAGGAACACAACGCAUUCUCUUUUGAAAAACAGGGUAGGACAUGGAGAGAACAUCGCCCUUCGUUGCUCGUUUAAAGGCUCACCUUUGACAGGAGCUCGAGCGACUAAUCUUUGGUAUGCUGAAAGUAAGAAGUUUGAUUGGAAAAAGAAACCAGCAACCCCAGCGAUACAACGAUUGACUCCAAUCGUUUGGAAGAAUACCACAAAAGUCGGUUUUGGUAGAGCACAGUUCAUCGAUAAUAGAGGAAGAAUCUGCUUCGUAGUUGUUGCUCGCUAUGAGCCUUCGGUAAACGUUGGCGAAACGUUGUUGGACAACAAGCUGGAGCCGAUCAAAGUGAAAUCAAAACAAAACACUGGCAUUUAAUUAUCAACACCACUACUAAAUG